AUGGGCUGCGCUGCUAGCCUAUCAGCGAAGUACCUGCCCGCUCCAAAGCCAGAGACAGGGGACUCGAAGGCAAGCAACGCGCCAGUUGAGCCAGAGGCCGAUGACGCGUCCGCAGCUCCCCAGCACCAGGCGGGCAAGAAGUGGACAAGGACCGAGAUGGGAGAGCUGACUGUUCAGCAGCUGGUGCGCUGGUUGGAGGGUCUCAACAUGGACCUGUCACCGGCAAUCCCGCCUGUCCGUGCACGGCAAAGGCUUUGGGAGGAGAUCGAGAAGUCGAAGCCGACUGCCCUGGAACAGGUCACCGAUCCGCUGCAUCUGGAACACUGGCCUCUGUCAGCGACGCUGCGAUGGCUGGAGUACUUCAAUGCUUUGGAUGAGUCGCUGGCGAAGAAGGACAAGCUCAUAUCUAUGUUGAUGGAGAAGGGAGAGGAUUUGUCUCCUCCGAACUUCGAGGCUAGUGAAGAGGACAACUUCCUCACAGAGGUCUCUCGCCAUGUCGGCAUGGUGAAGCAGGCGGCGUCCAGCAUCAUCGCCAACCUGUCCGAGCAGCUGGCGCAGGCCGAUGCCGACGAACGGCCCAAGCAUCGCUGGUUUGCCAACGGGAAGGCACUCUCUGACUUCCGACCGGAGGAAUUCCAGGCCACCAAAGAGUUGGAUAUCCCGCUCGUUCAGAUGAAAGCAGGAGACCGGGUGAUGGCCUCAGAGUCGUGGAAAGCUGCGGUUGGCCGCUGA